AUGAAAGUACAUGUUUUCGGGAAUAGCCCCUCCCCUGCAGUUGCUUCAUCAGGUUUGAUGAAGAUAGCUCACAUGUCAAGGGACAGUCAUGGUGCAGAUGUAGAGGAAUUCAUUACAAGGAACUUCUAUGUUGAUGAUGGCUUAACAUCAUGUUCAACAACAGCUGAGGCUAUCAACUUGAUACAGAGAACACAAGCUGCUAUGAGAGAGUAUGGAGGACUGCGGCUGCAUAAGUUUGCGUCUAACAGUCUGGAAGUGAUGAGUGCCUUUGAACCACAAGACUUGGUGAAGGACAUUUUUGAUCUGGAUCUCGAUAAGAAUCUGUUAAUGCAACGAAGUCUUGGCAUUCAGUGGAACUUGACUGCAGAUUCGUUCAAAUUCAGCAUUACAACAGAAGAUAAACCACUGUCACGUAGAGGCGUACUUUCAACAGUGAACAGCAUCUUUGAUCCGUUAGGAUUCCUCUCUCACGUGAUUAUCAAUGGUAAACUUAUCCUGCGAGACGUAGUCACAGAAACUGUAGAUUGGGAUGAACAGCUACCAGACUACCUCAUGUCACGAUGGAUAGAGUGGAGCUCAUCACUCAAAGCUCUAGAAGAUCUAUGUAUUCCCCGUGUGACUGUACCGUACCUCAGUAAGGCCGUGAGAAAGGAACUUUGGACGUUUUGUGAUGCAUCAGAGAAAGCAGUGGCUGCUUUUUCUUAUGUGAAUGUACUCUACCCAGAUGGUUCCUCUAAAACUGGAUUUGUGCUCGGGAAGUCGAAGGUUGCACCAGUGUCUGGUCAUACUAUUCCACGCUUGGAACUUUGUGCAGCUGUACUUGCCGUGGAAAUUUCACAGUCUGUCACAGAACAUUUUGAUGUAGUGUUUGAUUCAGUGAAGUACUUCAGUGAUAGUCGUGUUGUACUUGGCUAUAUAAACAAUGACAAGCGACGAUUCUUUAUCUACGUAUCUAACAGAGUGGAAAGAAUACGGAGUUUCAGCAACCCAGGUCAAUGGCACUAUAUCCCGACUCAUCUCAACCCUGCUGAUGAAGGUACCCGAGGAGUGUCACCAGGAGACGUAGCUACAAGUACUUGGUUAAAUGGACCAGUAGAUGUUCAUUUGAGUGAUCAGUAUGACCAAACCAUAACCUUUCCACUAGUUGAACCUCAAGUAGACAAGGAAAUCCGACCCACUUGUCUAAAGACAGAGUGCAGACCAUUGUUGGGCACUUCGAGAUUUGAGCGAUUUUCUGACUGGGAUCGUUUGGUGGAGAGUCUAGCAUUAUUAAAACGCUUUAUAGUGUACAGGAAGGAAGACAAAUCACUGAUUUUGCCAAAAUCAUUGAGCUACUAUCAACGGGCUGAGCACUUCUUGAUCAAGACAGUGCAACAGGAAGUCUACGCUGAAGAAAUUGACUGCUUGCGCUCAAGUCAACCAUUACCGCAGAACAGCAGCAUACUUACCUUAGACCCAUUUAUCGAUGACGAAGGAAUCAUCCGAGUAGGUGGACGUUUGAAGUACCUGCGAACUGAUGUUAUCUGCAAAAAUCCCAUCCUACUGUCAGGGAAGCACUACUUAGCAACCUUAUUGAUUCGCAAAUGCCAUCAACUAGUCAUGCAUCAAGGUCGACAUUUUACAGAAGGGAAAGUUAGAUCAAUGGGAUACUGGAUGACAGGCUGCAAGCGUCUCGUUUCUUCACUUAUUCACAAGUGUGUAACUUGCAGAAAACAACGUAGGCAGUUCAGCAACCAGAAAAUGUCUGACCUACCAGAAGAUCGCAUUGAGCCAGGACAGCCACCGUUUACAUCAGUCGGUGUAGAUAUCUUCGGGCCAUGGGAAGUGUUGACUCGUCGAACCAGAGGAGGUUCCGCAAACAGCAAGAGGUGGGCGGCGUUGUUUACUUGUCUGGUGACACGUGCCGUACACAUUGAAGUCCUGGAGGAGAUGUCAUCCUCGUCCUUUAUCAAUGCCUUGCGUAGAUUCACCGCCAUACGAGGAUAUGUGAGGGAGUAUCGUUCAGACAGGGGAACCAAUUUCAUUGGUGCUGUUGAUCCACUACAUAUCAAUGCUAUCAACAUAGAGGAUCCACCAAUCAAAGACUUGCUGUACUCGGGAGGAUCUGUCUGGAUCUUUAAUCCCCCCAUGCGUCACACAUGGGUGGCGUAUGGGAGCGAAUGA